AAUUGUAUUGAAGUACAAUUCCUUGCAUCUGAAUCUCUUUCAUACCAUGUUUCUGACAUCAAGAAUUCCGAAUUAAGGAAACAAAACAUAGAUUUUCGAUCGUAAUUGAGGUUGUUGUGUCAAAAUUAGAAACAUGGAAGCGGUGGGAAGGCUCGGAAGCUACAUCACGCGCGGCGUCUACACCGUUUCAGGGCCGUUUCUUCCAUUCGGUGGCGCUGUGGACAUUGUUGUUGUUCAGCAGAAAGAUGGUUCCUUCAAGUCCUCUCCUUGGUACGUUAGAUUUGGAAAGUUCCACAGGGGUUUUAGCUUUAAGGAAAAUGUCAAGGUUAAUAUCAGCGUUAAUGGACUCGAAUCUGAUUUUCACAUGUAUUUGAACCGUAAAGGGGAAGCUUCUUUUUUUCAUGCCCAAGAACAAGAACAAGAGGGGGAAUCUGUGUUUAAUUAUCCAUCUUCUGGUGAUGAAAUUGAAACCAAUGAUGUCCAACCAAGGGGUAAUAAGAGGCAUUUCAAGUCCAAUAGUUGUAAUUUUGAUUCAGACAAGUCAUUUUCAGAGGCUAAUGUUGAUAAGGUUGUGGUGGGUAGGACUAGUUCUCGCCGCUCAAGAAUUCUUGGGCUUGUGUUUGGGCCAAGGCCUUUGAAAGGGGAAGGUGAAGAUGGUGAUGUGAAUGGGGUGGAUUCUUUGGAGCAUGCUGAGAUUGCAGCCAAGUUGUUGGAGCUUAAAUGGUCUACCAAUCUUACCUAUGAUAAAAUGCCUCCUAGAGACAGGAAAAAAACUAGAGGUCAAAUGAAGGAGGAAGCUUAUUCUUUCAGUGAACAAAAUAAGAUCAGUUCCAAGGUUGGCUUUAACGAUAUGUUGCGCCUUGCAAGUUCAGGAUGUGGACAAAUUCAUGUCCAUCCUCAGGUCUUGCAUGCUACAACUUUACUUCUACCUGAGGUUACACAAACUGAGGAAUUCACUAAGAAUUUUGAUCCUGGAAGGCCAGUAUUGGAGGUAUCUGAGUUGCAUUCUCAGCAAAGAGAUUGUUCCAAUUCUGGUAUGCGUGAUGCCAAAGAUGUUGGAAACACACCAAUGUUUCGAAAAUCUCAAACUGUGAAUAUUGAUAGAAGACGUUGUUCAGUUAAGAAUAGUGCAAAUACUCCUACGUCUGAACAGCUAGCAUCCUUGAAUCUGAAGGAAGGGAGGAACACAGUAACCUUCAGGUUCUCUACAGAUAUGCUGGGGAAGCAGCAGAUUGAUGCUCGGAUAUAUUUGUGGAAAUGGAACACUCGUAUAAUGGUAUCAGAUGUAGAUGGAACAAUUACACGGUCAGAUGUUCUAGGUCAAUUCAUGCCUUUAGUCGGAAUCGACUGGUCACAGACAGGGGUUGCUCAUUUAUUCUCAGAUAUCAAGGAAAAUGGUUACCAGCUACUUUUUCUCAGUGCUCGUGCAAUUUCUCAGGCCUAUCACACAAGACAGUUUCUAUGCAACCUAAAACAGGAUGGGAAAGUUCUACCAGAUGGUCCUGUUGUUAUUUCUCCUGAUGGACUUUUUCCUUCUCUAUACCGAGAAGUUAUCCGAAGGGCUCCUCACGAGUUCAAAAUUGGAUGUUUAGAGGACAUCAGGGCACUUUUUCCUCCUGAUUGCAAACCCUUCUAUGCCGGUUUUGGAAAUAGGGAUACUGAUGAAAUCAGCUACCUUAGGGUUGGAAUCCCAAAAGGAAAAAUAUUCAUCAUUAAUCCCAGGGGAGAAAUUGCCGUAAACCGUAGUCUUGACACAAAAUCAUAUACUUCUUUGCAUGCUCUCGUGCAUGGAAUGUUCCCCCCUACAAAUUCAUCUGAACAGUUUCCUUUUUGUUUUUGUUUUUCUUCAAAUAGGGGAUUGUGAUUUUUAUGUUGGGUCUUCCCAGAAUUUAUAAAUGCAAGUUUUAUGUAAUAUGGGUUUGUUUGCAACGUUAACUUGUAUUUUGACUGCUGAAUAUUGGUUUCAGGAGGAUUUUAAUUCAUGGAAUUACUGGAAGUUACCUUCCGCUAUAAAUAUUUGAAAGGGUCUUUUGGCACUUAUAGCUUAAUAUUAUCAAUGAUCUGGUGCGGAUAGAUGCAGGACUGCAGGCUGUGCUGCUCCUAGAAAUAUAUCGGAAAAUAGAAUCAUUAUGUGGAAUUGGGUAGAUGAAGGAUAUAAAGGACAGCACAAGAUACAUUAUGCCUGCUUCCUGCUUCCUGCUUCAGAUGGUGUGACAUAUAUCAGAUACCUUUGUUUGAGUGAUCCAUGAAACAUUUAACGCACUAGAUUUUCAUGGGCAUGAUAUAACUACAAUCGUAUGAUGAGAAUCCCACCAAUACAAACAUCGUGUCUCUUCUCAUUAUCAUCAAUGAGUUGCAUCACCUAUGCAUGUAUGUAUGUAUAAUGUAUCUAUGUAAUCUUGGAUGACUCUCCAUUUUCAUUUUCUCAUAAUGUAGAAAAGCUUUUGCUCC